AUGGAAGCCGAGGAUUCAGUGAAGCCAUCGGACGACGCUGACGCGACCAAAGACGAUGCCGAGAUGGAAUGCGCUUCCGACGGGGAAGGCCCCGCUGAGACGAACCGACCUGACGGCGGAGCAACGUCUGAAGACCUCUGCGUUUCCUCGAGCACCUCGGUAGCGGCCACGACCGAGCAUGAAACGGAAGAUGCCGCCAAGACUUGCGAAGCAACGGCUGAGAAGGAGGGCUCCGGCGACACCUCGAAGGAUAAGCUUGAAACUGAUAAAAAAGACUCGGCCGAAACUUCUAAACCGAAAGACAAGACCAAAUCCAAGGCGGAAGGCUCGGUGAAAACAUCAACGCCGACGAUCGAGGCAGAAACCGCAAGGGAAGACAGUGCCACUACUACUCAGCCUACAACCGAGACCGAAGCUGAAAUGAAAGAAUCCUCAGAAACAUCAGAUCCAACGCCAAAAAUUGAAAUGAACGAACCUGUCGACACUACGCAGCAGGAGGACGAGGCUGAAUCUGACACGAAAAAGUCUGUGACGCCUCUGCCAAAAGCCAUCGCCGGCCCUUCGCGUGACAGGCAAGUCACGGAGUCGACGCCUUCGUCGGGGACACCAGAACAGUCUAGCGACGAGAGUAGAAUGGACAUGCCUUCGAAGCCGCCCAAGCACAGCGGUCCGGGGGCCGCCGCUAAACGCCCCACCGCAAUGGCGCUGGGCAAACGUCGCCGUCUGCAGAAACAGCACACCAUGACGUCUGAUGACGACGUCAGUAGUCCUUCUUCUUCGAGCCUUCCUCCAUGCGUCAAGCUCCCCCGUUCUGCCUUGUCUUCCGACUCUGAAGAAGGAAUGACGCCCGCGGAAAGAGCCCUGGCCGAGGCCCGCGCGCUGGAACUCGAGCGCACACUUGGCGGUGCAGACGUCGACACCACCGAGCCGCCGUCGUCCAGCGGAUCGGCUUCCGUGUCUGUCGGCACGCCGGAUGUCAGCUCGGACGCCAGCAGCGAACAGUUGAUGGCCCUGAACCUCCUCGAAGAGGAGGUGAACGGAACAAGCACGUCGGAGACGACUAGCGAAGGAGCGGAAGCUGCUUCUAGAAGCGCCGGUGCCGCUCAACGACCGCCAGCACCCGAGCCACCAGGAAGCACAGCCUCGGCGUUGUCUUUCGCCGAAGCCACGCUCCGGUCGCCUUCGAGCGAGGACGCCUCGAAAGCGCUGAUGAAGUGGCGCGCCACGCAGGACCUCACCAGCGACAGCCCCGUAUCAACCAGCAGCCUGUCCUCUUUCACGGAGAGCGAAGCCGGAGGAUCCGGCGGCCACUUGUCAAGAUCUGCUUCCGUUCACAGCACGAGCACCUCGACAAAAAUGUGCGCCUCCGGCAAAGUCCCUUUCACCAGAUCGGAAACCUGCGCGGGACCCUUGACGGCGUCUACUAGUUUCGACAGGGAACGCGUGCCUAUUUCGCUCACCCUGAGUGCCACUGAGAUGUUGAGCCGAACUGUCACGGCAACUGAGCAGGCUUUGGUGGAGAAGAUGGAAGAGGACGCACCGGCAGGGCCGUCCAAGAAGGCGGGAACUUCGAGCCUAGGAGAGUCACCGGAAGGAACUGGAGGACUGGCAGGGACCAUCGGUUCGGGCGGCGGAGGCCCGCCUGCUUCGCCCUCCGGAGGCGGAGCAGGCCCCCAACCGUUACCCAUGGAUGAAUCCGAUGACGGCGAGCAAAGCGGCGACCAACCGCUACCAGCUCCCCCGGAUGAACUGGUGACGUCCUUCAUGGGGCCCCGGCCUACACGCACUAUGACGGCCGCAGAGUGGGACGCCGCGAAGCGUGCCAAUGGCAAGGCCAGAGACACUAGCAAGGAAGACGACCAGCCAGGACCCUCUAGCACAUAG